AUAAAAAUGCUGCGAAGAAAAAGAAGUAUAAAGUUAAUACUGAUAGCGGUAUUAUCAUUCGUAAAAAUAUGCCAACAGUAUGGCUCAGGGGCGCCGCCUUUGGCCUGCGACGACCAAACACCAAGACACGGCGACAUCCAAGCGCAAACGUCAGUACCUCCGUAUGCCAUAUUUACCUCUGCCUCCCAAGUCAGACAAGGAGAUGUCUUGAACGUCACUAUUAGUAGUCCUUUUGGGGCUCCAGCUCCAAUCGGCGGAUUCAUUUUACAAGCUAGAGGAAUACAGGAUACAGAUAAAAUAGUCGGUAAAUUCACCAAGGUUCCGAGCAGCGAUCUCGCUCAGAUCACCAGCUGCCGCGGAAACAAUGACACCGUCACUCACACCAACCCUGAGGAGAAGCCUCCCCUCAGUUUCACGUGGCAAGCCCCAAACGACUUCUUGGGAGGGAUUGAAUUCAGAGCGACUGUAGCCCAAAGUUUUGCGACGUUCUGGAAAAAUGUUGAAUCUCCCCUAGUCGAAGUGGUCACACCGGACACCGUGAUCACCACAUCCCCGCCCGCCGCUACAACAGAGCGUCCAACACAAGCACCGCCUACUAUUAUGGAGACCAAGCCUAAGCCCACUCAAACCACACUCGACCCAAUCUACCAAGGAUGCGAAGACACCAAACUUUGUUUUGGUGUUCCGCAAAACUGCAUACCAAAUGGAAACUGCAAAGCCAUCGUUGCUGUUUUUGUGGCUGGCGAUAUUUACACUUUCGAAAUUCAAGGAACUGACAACCCUCAAUACGUAGCUGCUGGGUUGAGCAUGGACAGCAAAAUGGGAGAGGAUAGUGCUGUGGAAUGCGUUAGAAACGACAAUGGAAGAAUCACAAUACAUACGUCUUGGACAUAUCCAAAGGUUGAACCAUAUGUUAGAAGGUCGGACUCUCCUCAAGACAUUGUGCAGCUUUUAGAAUCUUCGAAUAUAGAAGGAAAGUUGUAUUGCAAAUUCAGGAGGGAUACCGUCUCCGUGGUCAGGGGGCAGACCUUCGAUUUAGCGAAUAAUAAAUACUUUUUGAUGGCGUUGGCUGGUAGUUCGAUGAAAGACGCGAACCGCGUGGGCUUCCACGACGUGGCGUACGAGGCGUCGGGCGCGGCGCUGGCGCUGUCGGCGCCGGGCUCGGCCGCGCCCGCCUCGCGCCUGCUGCUGCGCCUGCACGGCUGCUGCAUGCUGGCCGCGUGGCUGGGCGCCGCCUCGCUGGGCGUCGUGCUGGCCAGAUAUUUCAAAAAGACAUGGGUAGGAAAAACACUAGGAGGAAAAGAUAUAUGGUUUGCCUACCACAGAAUCCUGAUGGUGUUGACGUGGGUGCUAACAAUGGUGGGCUUCAUUCUCAUUCUGGUAGAAGUUGGUGGAUGGCAAGACACAGGAGACAAUCCACACGCCAUCACCGGCAUUAUCACUGUCGUUCUCUGCUUUAUACAGCCUAUUGGAGCUUUCUUCAGACCACAUCCGGGUACUAAACACCGCCCGUUAUUCAACUGGCUACAUUGGCUUAUUGGAAAUUCCGCACAUAUUUUAGGAAUCGCAACAAUAUUCCUGGCCGUUUAUUUACAAAAGGCGCAACUGCCUUCCUGGAGCGUGUUCAUACUCGCCGCCUUCGUCGUAUUCCACAUACUAGCACACAUCAUACUAUCGCUAACCGUAUGCGUGUCAGAAGGUCGGAUAAGCAAUGGACGAGUGAAUUCGUUCCCGAUGAAAGACAUGAUGGGACAAUCCCGACAAGUGACAGCGGUCGACAGAAGUUCAGACGCGCCGUUCUCAACAUUCAGAAAACAUCUACUAGGAGUGUAUGCACCAAUCAUCAUAUUAUUUGUGAUCGCCAUGAUCUGCCUCGUCGCCUUAGCCCCAAUCGGUGCUACAUACAAUAACUUAAUGGGUUCAUAGACUAGCGUUGCAUUGUUAAAUUAAUAACAAAUAUUUCAAUCCAUGCGGGCUACCAUACUCUAAUAAAGAAACAAAUACUGGCCGAAAAUAAAACAUAAUAGUACUCUUUUCGUUAUUAUUAGCAGAAA